AUGACGUCAGAACAUGCGCCCAAGCAGCUGUUCCGGCAUGAGGUCCGUGUCGGAUCGACCACCGUGGUUAUUACCAUCGAGACCAUUGAAGAUCUGUCAAAACCUGUAACUGGCGAUAGUGAGCAACAAGCGCCAACAUUGGGUGCCAAAAUCGACAAUGAAACGGACACCGCAGAGGCUAACGGUCUCGGCGAAGGGGAAAAUCUAGCCGACGUGGCCGGAGGUAAAAUUCCAGAACUCACCGGUGAUGAAUUAAUCUCCGGUGAGCCACCAGUUGAUACUGAAACAACAGAAAGUGAACAUGCUGACGAUGCGGCGGCCACAGCAGACGUGUCACCGACGACAAACGAUGAUGAAUCAGUGCCUCUAGCCGGUGACGAUGGAUCGGCUCCUAUAACCGGUGACGGUAAAUCGGGGGACCUAGCCGAUGACAAGACCGUGUCGUCUGAUUAUAGCGAUGAGGCUGAUUGGGGAAUGAACACCAGCGAGUUGAGCGCAGCACUGCAUAGCGCCCUGCAGUCAUACAAUGCGGAAUCCGGGGACGCCCCCCUCGUAAACAGGAAUAUCUCGGGCGACAUGGAUCACACCGUAUCCAACACGACGGAUAGCACCAUAAAUGAGAUGCAAGAAGAGAACUACGAGGAGGCGGAUAAGAUAAACCCGCUGCUGGCAGAAAAUGACGAGGAUUUGGAUACGGCAACCGUAUCUGAUGCCACGUCGGAAGUAUCUGUAGAAGAGUUCUUGCCAAGCGGAGACCGCAUCGACAAGCUCCAUCCGGACGACCCGCGAACCAUAAUGACGUGGAACGUCUCCGGGUUGGGCGAAAUAGUGCACCGAAAGAACGUGUGGAGUCGUUUUACACAGCUAGUGGAGGGGUUAAAACCGGAUAUCGUCGUGCUGCAAAACGUGAAGCUCUGCGAGUCUCCAAUGAUCGGUAGGGCCCACGUAACGGUUCACCAUACCAACCCAGGCUUUUGCCCCAAAGUGGUGGAAAAAGGAGACGGGAGGGCCACCAACAUUUCGUAUGAUCAGCAAUUUAAAGAUGGGAAACUUAUCGACGAGAUAAAGAAGAGCAUCUUUAGGAGGUACCACCUCGUCCACUCCCUCGCCAGCUGGAGGAUUGGCGGCCAGUUAAUAUUCAUCAAAAAGUGCUUUACGGUUUGUCAUCAGGCAAUCCCGCUAAUUCGUGCAGUACAUUACGGCGAGGUUCGGUCUCAGUACGAAGUUGAAUGCGAAGUACCACCAUCCGGUAGGUUCAAGAACUCCAUAUAA